AUGGCUAGAUCAUCACCAACAGGCAAGUUAAAGCUUGUAGAGCAUUUGAGGGGUCUGUCUGAAGUUGUUGCAGUCACAGGUGAUGGGACAAAUGAUGCUCUAGCUUUACAUGAAUCAGAUAUCGGGUUCGCCAUGGGUAUAGCAGGAACAGAGGUUGCAAAAGAACAAGCUAAUGUAAUCGUAUUGGACGAUGAUUUUGCAACAAUCGUAAAAGUAGCAAAAUGGGGACGUGCAGUUUACAUAAACAUUCAGAAGUUUGUUCAGUUUCAGUUAACUGUCAACAUCGUUGCUCUAAUGAUUAAUUCUGUUUCAGCCUGCAUUACAGCUUGUUAUUUGUGA